AUGGGGCUCACGUCCCGUUUUCUCCGCAUUCCGCGGCCAGAGUCCUUUCUCUAUGUGAUGAGCUUAGAGACUGGUGCUUCUCUGAUCACCCUUUCACUUCUUUUAAAUAAGAUCAGUGGUCUCUACGGCCUCUUGGCCCUCUUGACCGGCUACCACCUAUCGCCUGUCCAACUGUCAAUGUACCUUUGGUCUCUUGUCGCCCUUGGACUUACCGCAAUUCUUUUCCCUCACAUUCGCAAACAAUCACCCCUACAAUGUCUCGCCCUCGCCUAUCUCUAUGUAUUCGACAGCUUGAUUAACGCCGCAUACACUGCCGCCUUCGGUGUGACCUGGUUCUUGGUGGUGUCGCAACAUUACGACAGUGGCAAAGCGGCAGGCCCAGGGGGCGACACGAUCGCCCAGACCGCAGGCUUCACCAGCCCCAAGUACGACGCGGCCUAUGUCGAAAUCCAAAACACCAAAGAGGGCAACAACUUCAUCGCCCAUCCGCCGCGCACGGCCGACGAUAUCAGCAACGUCGUCCUGCAGCCCGAGAGCCUUCAGAGCAUCAUCUUCAUCUGUCUUCUGUGGGUAAUCCGCGUUUACUUUGUGCUGGUGAUGCUCGCGUUUGCGCGCCAGGCCCUUCGCCUCUGGGUCGCGAUUCCCCGACACACUCAACUCCCGACUCACAGCCGCAACGUGUCAGUCGCCAGCGUUGCCGACAUUGACAGAGAGCCCUUCUCUCCCUAUAGCCCCGACGGCCAGGGAUGGCUAGGCAAGCUAGGUCGCAUCAUGGUUAGCAUCGGCCACGGCUACUGGUUGGGCGAAGAAGAGGACGGGAACUGGCUCAGCGGUAUCGAUUGUAAUAAGUUCCGCAAUCGUUCGGGUAACACAGAGUUGCCCGGAGCUCUCGAAAGAGAGAGGAGACGUCGUUCUGGAACGGGUCCUCCACAACCCUCGCCUUCUAUCGUUCGAUCCACUGUGCUUCAACAGCCGAUUCCCGAGCAUGGUCCUGGCGGCAUGAAUGUUAAGAUGCAGGAUUGGAACGCGCCGCGAUAA